GACAUGAUGUUCCGGCCCUUUUCCCCUCCCCCCUCCACCUCUUUCUUCCCCGUUUUCCUUCUACUCCUCCUCUUCCUCCCUCCAUCCCUCGUCUCCUCUUCCCUUUUCCACACCCCGUUGAGCUGGACUUCGCCGCACGACCCCUGCUACCACCUGGACGGCCGUCCGCGUCACUGCCUGUCAGAGUUCAUCAACGCUGCCUACGGGGUCCCAGUCAACGCCAGUCACUCACUCCAAGGGUCCGACUAUGACAGCAAUGUCACCACCUUGACGGACCUCCACAACCCUCAUAACCUCACCUGCUGGUUGACUCACAGAGGCACUGACAUCGGGGAAUGGGAGCUCACCGUUCCACUGGGCCGUCGCUUUGAGAUCACCUAUAUAAGCCUGCAGUUCUGCCACCAGGGGGAACCAUCGGAUCCCAUCUCCAUCUCCAUCCUCAAGUCGAUGGACUUCGGGCGCACCUGGAGGCCGAUGCAGCACUACUCCAGCAACUGCCUCGGGGACUUUGGGCUGCCCUCCCAGACGGUGGCCCAGACCAGGCAUCAGGAGACGGAGCCCCUCUGCUCGGACCCUCGCCCCCUUCAGAAGCAGAGGGGUGGCAUGGUGCUGGCCUUCUCCACCUUAGACGGGCGACCAUCCUCUCCCGACUUUGACCACAGCCACGCCCUCCAGGAUUGGGUGACGGCCACAGACAUACGCGUCGUCUUCCAUCAGGUGUCCAAAGUGGCCAAGACGGGCGGCUCGGACAGAGCGGACGAAUCAAGAUGGCGCGACAGUCGAGAGGAUCGCAGAGAAACUGGGAUACUGAGGUCGAGAUCGGGCCACAAGGGCCGCGCUGAAGAUCAGGUCAACAAGCUGAACACAGAUAGCGCACUGGGAUUUUUUGACAGGGAGACAAAACACUCGAGGAGCAAAGGAGACAAAGGGGACAAACAAGGAAGGAAGGGUCCCGGUAAAGGGUCGGGUCAAGAUGAAGAUGGCCACAAUGUGACCAGCAAAGAAGGGGUGGACUUUUUUGGCAUAGACAUGCUCACGUCUUCCAAGAAAGGCGCGAAAGGUAGAGGUCGCGGCCACAAGAAAGAGAACGACCACUGGCUGCCUUGCCCCAAUGGCGGCUGUAAUUGGACAUUGGAGGGGCGGAGCAGGGGCAACAAAGGGCGGGAACUGAGGAAGAGGAGGAACAAUAACCUCAACACGAGACAAGGUGCCAGGAGUAUGCAGGCGGCCAUGCCCUCGGUUUUUAACCCUCCCGCCCACGCUUCCCUGGCCCUGUCCGACCUGCAGGUUGGUGGCAGGUGCAAAUGUAACGGACACGCCUCCCGGUGCCGCCGGGACGACAAGGGACGGGCGUUAUGCGUGUGCGAGCAUCACACGGCGGGGCCAGACUGUGACGUGUGUGAGGACUUCCACUUUGACAGGCCGUGGCAUCGAGCUACACCCACGCACCCAAACCCCUGUGUUGCCUGUGAGUGUAAUGAUCACUCAAACAAGUGCCGCUUCAGCAUGGAGGUGUUCCAGCAGUCGGGCCGGCGCAGCGGAGGGGUGUGUCAGAAGUGUCGGCACCACACGGCCGGACGCCACUGCCAGUACUGCCAGAAUGGAUACACCCGCGACCACAGCAAGCCUCUGGACCACCGCAAGGCCUGCCAACCGUGUCAUUGCCAUCCCCUGGGAGCAGUUGGCCGCUGGUGCAACCAGACCUCAGGUCAGUGUCUGUGUCGAGAAGGGGUGACCGGCCUCCGGUGCAACCGCUGCGCCCCGGGCUACAAGCAAGGGAAGUCCCCUCUACGGCCCUGCAUACGAAUUCAGGAGGUGGCUCCGACCCCGGUGUUCCAGCCUCAGUACAGCAUCGCGGAGGAGUGUGUUUCAUACUGCCAGCCGUCUCAGGUUAAAGUCCGGAUGAACCUAGAGACCUAUUGUCUCAAGGACUACGUGCUGAAGGUGCAGGUGAGAGGAAUGGAGCGUUCAGGUCCCUGGUGGCAGUUCUCCAUCUCCAUCCAGACCGUCUACCGCACGGGCUCCAACUCCCGCGUCCGCAGGGGCCCCCACUCCCUGUGGGUCCCCGACCGGGACCUGGGCUGCGGCUGCCCCGCCCUCCACGUGGGUCGGACUUACCUCCUGAUCGGCGCGGAGGAGGGGGAGCGGGGCUGGGGCCCGGAGGAGAGUCGCCUGGUGGCGGACCGCUCCACCCUGGCCCUCCAGUGGCGGGAACACUGGAGCCCCAAACUCAGGGGCUUCCGGGGGCACGACAAGAGGGGACGCUGCCCCGAGAAGUCGCCCGACAGCCCACGCAGGGAGCAGGCGAACGCACAGGCCGGGUACAUCCCCCCCCAUCUGCUGACGGAGAAAGACACGGACAAUGUGAACACACACUCUGUCAAAGAAGACGAGACUCGAACCUCAGCAGAGCCGCACACACACACUCCCACAGAGGUUGAACCCACAGAGACGACCCCGGCCCCCUCCAGUCCGGCCCUGUUCUGCUCCACGACGCUUUCUGAGUGA